AUGGAUCUGGAUGAUGGACACAGAGAGAUGGAUAGACAGAUGAAUCAGCUGUCGGUUAACAAUUCUCAGAGGCACGAAGAGGACGAGGGUAUCUUGGAGGUUACCAGGAAUUGGUUGAAAAGGAACGAACCUUAUCACGAGGGUUUGUUGGACUAUGUCAAGAGCUGUGUUAAAGACAUGGAAGAACGUGCUAAGAAGCCACGAGGCCCAACUUUCUUGACAAAGCUAUAUGAUAUGGUGGAUGAUCCUUCAACGGACUCAAUCGUUUCGUGGAGCGAAAGCGGCAAGAGUUUCAUCGUUUGGAAUGAGUCUGAGUUCACUAGAGAUGUUCUUCCGAGAUGCUUCAAAAUCAACGACAUGGAGUAUUUCACUCAGAAUCUUGAGGUCAUAGACUUUAAGAAAGUUGGAUCUGAAUAUUCAAGUGAUUAUUUCGUGAGAGGUCAACCUGAGCCUGUACAGCCACCAUCUUCUGUGCCUUAUAAGAUGUCGCCAGAGCAUAAGAGAGUUGUUGAGCGUCUGUUGGAUUCGCUGUUGACUUUUGCAGCUCUCGAGGCUCGCAGCAAAGAAAACCCUGAGUCUCUCGAGGUGAUUGUAGCAGAUUUUCUUAAGAGGCACAAACAUAUCGAGGGUUUGAAGGAGAUGUUUGUUCCCAAAGGCUGUUAUGGUGAUUCCUUAUGGAGAGGCCUAUCAUUCCUCGAAAAGUUACAGCGUGUGGUUGAUGAUCCUUCAACGGAUUCGAUAGUUUCGUGGAGCGAAAAUGGCAAGAGUUUCAUCAUUUGGAAUGAAUCUGAGUUUACUAGAGAUGUUCUUCCAAGAUGCAUCGACAGCAACAACAUGGCAAUCUUCAACAGUUUGCUCCAACACUGUGGCUUUAGCAAAGUUGGUUCUGAGCAAUGCGAAUACUCAUUCUCUCGCUUUGCAAGAGGCCAACCUACGCCGGCUGCACCAUAUUUUGAGAUUACACCGGCGCAAUCUUUCUCCCUUAGGAAGGCCCCAAAAGUCAAUAAAAUCGCCGUCGAGAGAAUGAUGAAGAGGGUGAUGGAUCAGCAUUUAGGAAACCGCUAA